GGCUGACGGCAGGGGAGGAGCUGGGUCCAUUGCCGGGUGGAGGGGCAAGGCGAGUGUCCUUAUCCUAGCGAUUGGGUUCAGGCCUGUGAGCCAGUUGGAGUCGCGGCGGCGGGAACGAUUGGGCCGAGCGGAGGAAGUCAUGUUACUCUUCGUGGAGCAGGUAACAUCUAAAGGAACAGGUUUAAAUCCUAAUGCCAAAGUAUGGCAAGAAAUUCCUUCUGGAAAUACUGAUGCCACGCCAGUAACCGAUGGAACAGAAAGUUCUUGGCAUGAAACAGCAGCCACAUCAGGGUCUCAUCUUGAGGGCAAUUCAGAGCUUUCAGAUGAUAUGUGUAAGGAAUAUGAAGUAAUGUAUUCUACGUCUUGUGAAACCACAAGAAAUGCCGCAGGCAUUGAAGAAUCAACUGAUGGAAUGAUUUUAGGACCAGAAGAUCUCAAUUACCAAAUAUACGAUGUUUCUGGAGAAACCAAUUCAGCCAUUUCUACGGAAGACCUAAAAGAAUGUCUGAAGAAACAAUUAGAAUUCUGUUUUUCGCGAGAAAAUUUGUCAAAGGAUCUUUACUUGAUAUCUCAAAUGGACAGUGAUCAGUUCAUCCCAAUUUGGACAGUUGCCAAUAUGGAAGAAAUAAAAAAACUGACCACAGACCCUGAUCUAAUUCUCGAAGUGUUAAGAUCUUCCCCCAUGGUUCAAGUUGAUGAGAAGGGUGAGAAAGUGAGGCCAAGUCAUAAACGUUGUAUUGUUAUUCUUAGAGAAAUUCCUGAAACAACACCAAUAGAGGAAGUGAAAGCUUUGUUCAAAAACGAAAACUGCCCCAAAGUGAUAAGCUGUGAGUUUGCACACAAUAGCAACUGGUAUAUCACUUUCCAGUCAGACACGGAUGCACAACAGGCUUUUAGAUAUUUAAGAGAAGAAGUAAAAACGUUUCAGGGCAAGCCAAUCAUGGCAAGGAUAAAAGCCAUCAAUACGUUUUUUGCUAAGAAUGGUUACCGAUUAAUUGAUUCUAGUGUGUAUAGUCCGCCCAUUCAAACUCAAGCACAGUAUGCCUCACCAGUCUUUAUGCAGCCUGUAUAUAAUCCUCACCACCAAUACUCUGUCUAUAGUCUUGUGCCUCAGUCUUGGUCUCCAAGUCCUGCACCGUACUUUGAAACACCACUGGCUCCCUUUCCCAAUGGUAGUUUUGUGAAUGGCUUUAAUUCACCAGGAUCUUAUAAAACAAAUGCUGCUGCUAUGAAUAUGGGUCGACCAUUCCAAAAAAAUCGUGUAAAGCCUCAUUUUAGGCCAUCCAGUGGUUCAGAACACUCAACAGAGGGCUCUGUAUCAUUGGGGGAUGGACCAUUGAAUAGAUCUAAUUCAAGGAUCUUCCCAACUGAACGGCAUAACCCAACGGUAACAGGACAUCAGGAGCAAACUUACCUUCCAAAGGAGACUCCCACUUUGCAGAUGGAACAAAAUGGGGACUAUGGUAGGGGCAGGAGAACUCUUUUCAGAGGUCGAAGACGACGAGAAGACGACAGGAUUCCAAGACCCCAUCCUUCAACAGCUGAAGCAAAGGCUCCAACACCAAAGUUUGACCUAUUAGCCUCAAAUUUUCCUCCUUUACCUGGAAGUUCAUCAAGAAUACCGGAUGAACUCUCUUUGGAGAGUAGGAUGUCUGAUGUUGUUAAAGGUGUCUACAAAGAAAAGGAUAAUGAAGAGUUGAGAUUUAGCUGCCCAGUGCCUGCAGAGGAUGAGCAGACAGACUGUAGCUCUGCCCAGCAGCUCAGUGUGAGUACAAGUCCUCCACCUACAGCUGAGCUUCCUGCAUUAAGCACAACUCAGCAAGAAAAGGAUAUAAUAGAGGGAUCCACUGUUCAGAAGGAUAGUCUCAGCCAGACGACUUUACCAGUUUCUUCCCCGACUAGUACAAAGCCGUCAAGGACAAAUACUGCUUCACCAAGUAAUAGUAAUAUAAAUGCAACUGUAGCUGUGGCCCUACAGGAACCUCGGAAAUUAAGUUAUGCCGAAGUAUGCCAGAAGCCCCCUAAAGAGCCGUCUCCAGUUGUGCAGCCACUACGGGAACUUCGCUCUAAUGUAGUGUCUCCCACCAAAAAUGAAGAGAAUGGAGCCCCUGAGAAGCCUGUUGAGAAACCACAUGAGAAGCCAGAAGCAAGGGCUAAUAAGGAUUAUUCUGGCUCUCGAGGCAAUACCAUUCCCAGGGGAGCAGCUGGAAAAAUCAGGGAACAGAGACGCCAGUUUGGCCAUAGGGCUAUACCUCAGGGAGUGACUCGACGUAAUGGCAAAGAGCAAUAUGUGCCACCCAGAUCACCAAAGUAAAAAAAAAAAAAAAAAACUAUUCAGAAACUACUCUCUCUCUUCCCAUUAAACUUGAGCCGUGGCUAUAUUGAACUGUUUGGAGGGGAGGGAGCAGCCAGAAGAGAACAGGAGAAAGUAAGUCCUUAAAUCAUUACGGAUUUUGGUGUUGUGAGCAGUUGAAUCCCAAAAUUCAUCUCUAAAGUGAUUUUUAAAAUGCUAGAGGAUUCCAAUCAGUAUAAAUAUAUAUAUAUAUAUAUAAAAAUAUAAUUUUUCUAUUUUUGUUUCUGAUUUUAAUUUGCAGAGAUUUUCUGCCUGGAAUCAAUUUUGAGGGUUCAGAUUUAGCUGGGGAAAAAACAUAUUACACAUCCUUCAGUAUAGGAGAUGAGGGAGUGAGAGAAAAUAUUUUUUGAAGAAGCAUUUCUGUAAAAAUUAGAAAUUACUUUUUUUAAUCUAUUUAAAGUUUGGCUUGGAAAAUGCCAUCUCUGCCUAUAUGGCCUUGUGUUGCAAAAGCAGAUCAUUGGCUGGGGUGCCUGUUAUGGGUAUGAGUGUGUAGAAGGGUGAUUGAAGCCAAAUCUGUUGUCAUGUUAGUAAAUGGUUUGAAAACUGAAUGUAAUACUUGAGUAGAAUUUUUUUUUCCAUUUUGAAAUUUAGCCUAUCGUUUUGAUUUUACUAAUAUUUCAUUCAACAAGGCUGUUAAGCUGAUUGUGCUUGGCGAUGUGACUACCAUCCAGUUUGAUAUUCAAGGACAGAAUGGGGCUUAUGUAAAAAAUUGGAAAUUUGAUUUUAAACCUCAGUGAAUAGGUCAAAUGGACACCAGAGGUUUCAACUGACCUGUGUUUUUUUUUUUUUUUUUUUACUCCCUAAAACGGUAAAUUUUUUUUUUUGGUUGUUAAUUCAUUUGUUACUCUCUGUACUUUAACUGCCCACCCCAAAAGCAAAAUAACCAACCGUCUACAGAAUUGUAUGUUUCUAACUGCUUUGACCAGUUUAGUCAAAUCAUAUAACAGCUGUUCUAAACUUCUCAAUUGAACAUUGAAGUAUUUUACUCUUAUGUUCACAUAUUUAGAACUCUAGAUCCCAGAAUGGUAGGGCAGGUGGACCCUACAGUAAUUUGUAUUAGUGUUAAAGAUGAAACAUUGUAACUGACUGUUGAACUGUUAAAUAGUGUAGAAGUAAAAAAGAAGUUAAAAAAAAAAAGGUUUAAUUUGAGGGGAUCUUAAUUCUGUUGACACUGUAUCACCUUCCUUCCCUCCCCUCCUUUCAAAAGAAAAAAUAUAUAUAUAUAGUUUGGAAUUCACUUGAGACAGAAACAGCAUGACCUUUUUGAACUGAGGUCAGAAAGAUGGUUUAAAAAAUUAAUGCAUAAUUUCUCAAUAAAGUUGAAGUCCUCAUAUAUUAAAUAGGCAAGUUUACAUGCUGGUAUUUAGAAUAUGGCUAAAAUAUUAAAAACCAUGUUGCAUUAAUCUGUUUUAAGUCAUACCAUGUUCAGAGUUCUGCAUAAGUGGGAUUUUGUUUUCUUUUUAGGGAUAGUUUAUUAUAGUAAAAACUGUCUCUUAUGUUAGUGAAUUACAUAUGUACAAACAAACUGUAAAUUGUGAACACUGGAAAGCACCAUUGUGACAUAAAGUAAACAUCUUAGUAAUAUAUUAAAAUGAAUGUAAAUGAGGUUAAAAAUUACGUGACUGUGAAACUCAUCUUCCAACUCUAAGUUAAGGUUUGGAGAUUUGUGUUAGUAGGUAACUAUUAAGAGCUUUGAAAACACUGCACAUUUCUGUAUAAUCCAGAAUUACUCUUUCUUUGUAACUUAUUACUCAGCAAUUACUUUUGAUUUGAUAGAUUGAUAACAUGGUAUAUUUAAGCAGUUUGAAACUAUUCAUUUCUACGUGCUAUUUUUUUAAAUUAUCUACUAGAUGAAACAUACAAUAAAACUACCUGUGCUAAAAUUUGGGGAAGUUUAGGUCCUUUUAAAAAAAAAAAGUGUUAAUAGUCAUUGAUUACAUCUCUAAUAAAAGUGCUUAUUUUGGUUUAUUUACAUAAUGCUGCAGUUGGUAGGAAUGGUAAACAUUUAAAGUGUUAACACUGUGAAUGCAUUGGAUUUAUGAAAAUAAACAAUGUAUUAAAAUCACUUGAUAAGGAUUAUAAACUUAAUUAUUGCACUUAAAAUGAAACAUUACUUUUUUUUUUUUUUUACAAUGUGUCACAGAUUUAGGCUUUACUCGUAUGCUCGUGUGACCUCCUUUUAGUCCACCCAACUUCUAAAAAAUGCGAAGAUUCUAAUUGAAACACGAGUCCUUUUUUUUUUUUUGAAGAAAGCAAGUAUGUUCUUGCUUUUUACCCCAAUGUUAUUGAAAGUAGAAAUUCAAAGACGUGACCACUUCUUAAUUCCUAAUGAAAUGUAACUUGUCUAAUUUAAUUUGCUUCUGUACAUCUAAUAGUUCCCUUUUUGAUGGGCUGUAUAGGGGAGAAUAAAAUAUGUGUAUCUAUGUGUGUAUAUAUAUAUAAAACAUAUAUAUAUUCACAGUAUGUAUUUAGUGUUUAUUUUAUUGCAGCAGACUUAAGGUUUGUAUCAAAAUGAUGCCUAUGAGUUGUGUGAAACUUGGCUUUUUUUUUUUUUUUUUUUGAGCAUUGCAAUUGAUGAGGGUUAGGGAGUUUGUUGUAGUUCAGCUAUUUAUUUGGUUCUUUAGAUUCUUUAGAUGGAGAAUUUAAAUAUCAAAUCCUCUCUUCACCCUUAUGACUUAAUACUUCCUUGGGUUGUUGGAGGCUAAAAAUAGAUACAAAUGUUAUUUCUGAAACAAAUUCUGUAUGGCGCAGUAAUCUGCUGUAGUUCCUAGUGUAUGAAGAGAACAAGAGUCACACAAGUUCAUAGCUUUGUGUUUCAUUGAGAAGGUGCAUGGAGACAUUGCAGACCCCUAUCUCCAUUUUCUGUCCUGUUAAUUAAGGUUUUCAUAAUAUCUAGCCUGUCUCUAAUACGAGUAAUUUCAUUUUUGCCAAUUAUAGACACUGGCAUUCAAAAUAGUGAUCCAUCUAAAUAUUUUUCAACUGGAUUUUGGAAGAAGACAAGGUCUUUCGGUGAUGUGGGUUUGUUGUCUUACAUGCUCCAUUUGCAUGUCAUCAAAUGGCAUGCAGAAGCUUUAUUUAUUUUUGAUUCCUAAAAUUAAGGUAGCUGGAGUACUGUUUUACAUUCCAUUUUCUUUUUAAAUAAUCAGAUUGGCUUUGCAAAAGGCAUAAUGAUGGAGUGUUAGCAUCUUCACCUAGUGUAAAGGAAAACAAGAAGGAUAUUGCUGGAGCAGAAAAUAGUAUUUCAGAGUUAACACUUCCUCUAGUUUAAUUAGUUAUGGCUUCAAUAUUUAGUAUCUUGGCUUAAAUAUCCACUGGUUUUACUACUUUGACACAGUUGAACAGUGCUGUGGUUAAGUCUUUGGUAUUUGUUUUGGCAGUGUGUGUUAAGCAUAUUUUAAAAGUACCAGUUUAUUUACAGAAAACACAAAAGGUGGAGCAGUGUAUUGCCUCUUGAUGAGUUUUUAUAAAAUCUUAAUUAUAAUAUUUUUUUUUCUAAUUUUUUAUAUUUCCUUAUCAUUUGGUGGCCACUAAUUCAACUUUAGGCUUUUUGGUGUAUGUACGUAGCUAGUCUGAGCUUCCAAGAAGAUACAUAGACACUUCAGUUUUGUUAGCCGGAUGAGGACAUUUUAAGAAGUGAAAAGUUUGUUUUCAAGUAUAGUUGAGAAUAAAUCCUCUUUUAAAAUCUACCUGAUUAUUAAAUAACUUAAAGUUUAUUUUUAAAAGCUGAGAACUUUUUAUGAGUCUUUGAGUAGACAGUUUGAGAAAGUGCAAUGCAGAUAUCAACAGACUGUGUAUAAAGUAGUUUUGUUUUCAGUUUUGCAGCAUAUCACAUCAAUAUCAACAUUGAUUUUUACCUGACUUAGGUGUCCCUUGAACAACAUCUCUUAAAUGUUGGGAGGUGGGGUUCAGACCAGUUACCUGGCUCCUGUUUUGUCCAUUGCUUUAGGAUUGUU